AUGGCGGUGUCAAACGUCUACCGGAUCACUCUCGUGCUCCUACUCGCCCUUCUCUCGAUAUCCACCGCCUUCGCUGUGGAAGAGCUCGCCCCGCAUUUUGAGAACAAACCACGGAAGGGCCUCUUCAGAGUGAAGAUUCGUCUCGGCGACAAGCCAUCACACCCCAACCGCGGCUUGACGGAAAAGAACUCCGCUAACGCGGCUCCGUCAACCUCCACCCAAUCGCAGCUCUCCUCGUUUCUCGCCUCGACCACCUCAGCCGUCCGACGAAUUCUCCAUGGCACGAAUAUCGGCCACAACUCGCCCGCAACCGACGCCGCAUCUUCCGGCCGCCACCACAACUCGCGCCUCCUGCAGGACCUCGCGAACACGCGCAUCGCGACAACCCGCGCCAGUGGCGGGCAUCCCAAGGGCAAACAUCCCAAGGGCGUGGGGCAUCACGGCGCGGGGACGGGUCACCACGCGAGCACUGCGGGGCACCACGGCACGGAGGUGGGGCAUCACGGCGCGGGCAAGGGCGGACACGCGGUCGGCGAGAAAGUGGGGACGAUGAUUGGUCACCACCCCUUCGGCAAGGGCCACCACUUGAAGCCUGGUCAGCUGUGCCUCGGGAACCAGUCGGUGUGCGACCUCUGGAAGGGGACUGCCGAGAACUUCGACACCUGCUGCGGGCGCGCCUGCCGCAACGUGCUCAAGGACAACUUCCACUGCGGCUCGUGCAACACGCCGUGCAAGGGCUCGCUGGAGUGCUGCUAUGGCAACUGCACCGACACGCUCAAUGACCCCAACAACUGCGGCGGGUGCAACCAGCAGUGCCUCGGCGGCGCCCAGUGCGUCAAGGGCGUGUGUGAAACGUACGGCGGCGCUGUGCCGUCCGACAAGAGAAGAUAG